AGGAAGCUUGGAGUUCGGGCGACCAUCUACGUUCCAAGCAGCACUCCACAAUUCAUGCAAGAUAUCCUUCGUCGAGAGGGCGCCACUGUCUGCGAAAAGGUCGGCUGGAACGACGUACCCGUGGUUGCCAUGGAAACAGAAGGAGCCGACUGUUUCCACAAGGCCGUGGAAGCCGGACAUCCGGUGACGUUGCACGACAUACCGGCUGCCUCUAUUACAGAUGAUCACCGCGUGCUGGUGGAGCCAUCUUGCGGAGCGACGCUGGCGUCCGUCUACAGCGGAGUGCUGGAUGCGUUGCUAAGGGAGGAGAGACUACAGCUGGACAAGGAAGAUGCUAUUGUGCUCAUCGUAUGCGGAGGUGCGGGGGUCAGCCUCGAACUACUGCGGCAGUGGACAGCAGAUGUUAAGACCAAACAUGGCUGA